AUGCUAACAAUACUUAUACAGAAAGCCUUAAAUGAUACAGAAUUCUUGUUAAGAGAAGAUUUUAAAUACCCAAAAAUUUCAGUUGGUUCUCAGUGUAGUUUAUUUCAUAAUAACACCAAUGACGAUGAUUAUAGUAGCUCAGAGAAUUAUAUACACAAUCCUAGACAGCAAUUAGUGUUACCAUUUGGUGUAUCAUCACUAUCAAGAAGCAAAGUUGUUGGACUCACCUCGAACGUUUACAUAGAACACUCAAACAAACUGACUCAAAAGAAACAUGCAAAUCAAGAAGCACUUGCCGAUCAUUCUCUUCAGUCGACGGAUUUACUAGCGAACUUGAAUAGGGCAUUUAAUAUAAACAAUGAGCAUGGUGACGAUGAUGCUUGGCAUAUGUCAAUGACACUACUGCAGACAGAUCUUGUAAAAGGCCCAAGAAUCAAUGACUCCGGUCCUAUAUACAUGUUUGUAGCAAGACAACUGAAGUAA